UAAAAAAAGGGGGGGGAAAAAAAAGGCAUGAAGUAAUGGGAUAGGGAGAGGGUGUGGGGGUGGGGAAGGUCGUCGUUCUCGCCCACUUUCCAGUGAGCGAUUUGAUGGCCAUAAGGCCUUUACUUCAUCAAUUUGCUCUCUCUCGGAACCGAAGAAACCCUAGCCUCCUCCUCUCUCCUCUCUCCGUGCCUUCUCCGUCUCUGAUCUUCAUCCUCCGCCGCAUAGCCUCAGCUGCGUCCCCGAUCUCCGGGCCGCCGCCCCACGACCGCCGCCACAGCCACCAGAAGACCUCCGCCUACCAGCAGUACCGCGUCCGCCCGCUCUCCCCACCGGAAACGCUGGCGCAGAAGAUCGGGAAGGCCGUCCGCCGCUCUGGCGCCCCCUCCAAGGCGAGGGUUUACGCCGACGUCAAUGUGAUCCUCCCCAAGGAGUACUGGGACUAUGAGUCCCUCACCGUUCAGUGGGGGGAGCAAGAUGACUAUGAAGUGGUUAGGAAGGUCGGAAGGGGCAAAUACAGUGAGGUGUUUGAGGGUGUCCACUGCACUGACAAUGAGAAAUGCAUAAUCAAGAUUCUCAAGCCUGUAAAGAAGAAGAAGAUCAAGAGGGAGAUUAAGAUAUUGCAAAAUCUUUGCGGUGGACCUAAUAUUGUGAAGUUGCUGGAUAUUGUCAGAGAUCAGCAAUCAAAGACACCAAGUCUGAUAUUUGAAUAUGUGAACAAUACAGAUUUUAAAGUGCUCUAUCCAACUCUCUCUGACUAUGACAUUCGUUACUACAUCUAUGAACUUCUGAAGGCAUUGGAUUAUUGCCACUCCCAAGGUAUUAUGCAUCGUGAUGUGAAACCCCACAAUGUCAUGAUUGAUCAUGAGCAACGUAAACUCCGCCUAAUAGAUUGGGGGCUUGCCGAAUUCUAUCAUCCUGGAAAGGAGUAUAAUGUCCGUGUUGCAUCAAGAUAUUUCAAAGGUCCUGAGCUUCUCGUUGAUUUGCAAGAUUAUGAUUAUUCUUUAGACCUCUGGAGUCUUGGCUGCAUGUUUGCUGGAAUGAUUUUCCGUAAGGAGCCAUUCUUUUAUGGGCAUGACAACUAUGAUCAACUGGUCAAAAUAGCCAAGGUCCUUGGUACAGAUGAAUUAAAUGCUUAUCUCAAUAAGUAUCGCAUAGAGCUUGACCCGCAUCUUGCAGCUCUUGUUGGGAGACAUAGCCGCAAACCUUGGUCAAAGUUCAUCAAUGUGGAUAAUCGGCAUCUAGCAGUACCUGAGGCUGUUGAUUUUGUUGAUAAGUUGCUGCGAUAUGAUCAUCAAGAAAGGCCAACUGCGAAGGAAGCAAUGGCCCAUCCUUACUUUUACCCGAUAAGGAACGCCGAAAGCAGCAGAAACCGUUCCUAGACAGAUGUCUUCAAUCGAUGAGCCCCCCAUCAUCAACCUUCUUUCGCCAUCUCCUCUUUUUCUUUCUUUACUCAGCUUGGCAUUCUUGUGAUAUCUGACUGAACCAUGUGGAGGCAGAGAAAAUUUGCCUGUGUUAUCAGCUCUUAUUGUCUCUCUCGCUCUCUCUCUCUCUAUCUCUCUCUCUCUCUCUCUCUCUUGUGGAAAAUUUGAUUACUUUGAUGUUAGCUGGCAGAGGUUUGUUGUAUUAUUGUAGUUUUGCUGUGUGAGACUACUAACCUGUGAAUAAUGGAAGUGCUAUUUAAGGCGAGAGUUUCCUUCUUCCCAA